AUGGCAGCACUGCAUGGCGCCGACGAGGCCCAUAUCAAACGAGAGAUGGAAGCAAUGGGAGUCGAAUGCAUCGAACCGGCGAGCGAGCGCGAGGAAGCGACGGCGACGCUGAUGGAGGCGUUCGCGACGUUCGUGCUCGAGGAGCAGCCGCGGCAGUCGCUUGCCAUUCUUCAAGAAAAUCACGACGGCUCCGUAGGCGAGCUGCAGGGCGGCGGCGAGCACGCGAUCUAUCGCGUGGAGAUCACAGACGACGAGGAGAGCGUAGUAUCGCGGCUACUUCGCAAUUUUGGGGGCGGUCUGACGGUGGGGAGCUGUGUGGAAACCUCUACGCCAUCGAGCAGACGCAUUUAUGGAGGCAACAUCGCCUCGAUGGCGUGGGGCCCCUGAAAUUUAAUUUCCACACAGGUCGAGAGGAUUCGAAGACACAUGCUGAGGUGUCGGGACGUCGAGAAGCUGGACAAUUUCAUGCUCGUGCUGGCGUUCGGCCCGACGAGCGGCCAAAUUAGGCAUAUAGACGCCAUGGUCCCCAACCGGCAGCUGUGCUGCUACAUGUCGCGCGACUGUCCGUCCACCGUCGUCUACGCCCCGGACGGGCCGGCCGUGGACAGCGCUGCCGCGCUGGUGGCGCUCUGGGAGGAGGGCGGCCUCGACGUGCCGGCGGCGCUCCGUCGACUGCUUGUGGAGGAGGGCAGGCGGCAACUGGAGGGACGUUUCAAGUUCUGGCGGACUAUUGACGACGCGCUCCGGUGCUUCGGCAAGCUCUACCAGCCGGUGGCGCGGCGCCUCGCGUUGACCUGCGCGCCCGGCACGCUCCUCAGCGCGGGCGGCAACGACGUCCACGCCGGGCCGCCCACCAGCUCCCCGCGUAUGUUCGCGUUCGCUGUCGGCGUGCCGGAAGACGCCGGCGACGCGCCCUUCACCGACGGCGACGGCGAGGUCCAGUACAACGCGGUCCUCUUCCACCUAGAUCUGUGCUGCGUUUUGUUUGGUCGCUGUGACGACGUUUCCAAGCUGUUUUUGUUGCGACGGCUCGUCGAGAUGGUGAGCGAGCAUCCCGACGCGGAGUCGUACUCGCGCCAGCUCGGCGACUCGAGGGCUGACCUCGCGGGCUGGCUCGCGAGGCUCGUGGAGGCGCUCCCGAACGUCGAUGACGUACUGAGGGCCGCGGCCGCGAGCGAGUCGCUCUUCUGCGCGGAGACGAAGAAGUCGCGGCGGCAGAAGCGGCGCGAGAAGCGACGUGUCUAAUGUUGUAUACUAGUACUUACGCCCAC